UUAAGCUCAAAGCACUUUAAAGACACUACUUCUGCUUUUCUUGAUAUGCUUAUCCUCCUUCUCUUGACAAAGGUAAAGCGAUGGACAUCGGUGGUUUGGAAACUGUCGUAGCAAACUCAGCUUACGUGUCAGCCCGAGGCGGCGCGGAUGGAUGUGCAGCAGCCGCCAUGCGCGACAAAAAAAUGCGUGCCAGGCUGAAACUUCCUCACAUCAGAGACUGCCAACACAUGAAGACCACUGUAGACACAACCUUUGAAAGCAUGUGUACCAAACAGCCCAUCGGCAAGCGCUUGUUUCAGCAGUUCCUCCAGAGUAGUGCCACCUACAAAGAUGCUGGAGAGCUAUGGAAAGACAUAGAAGACUACAAUAUAAGUCAGGAGACCGACAGGUUGCAGAAGGCCCGGAGAAUGGUCAACACGUAUUAUGAGACGGCUUCAAAGCAUUUCUGCAGUUUCCUCGAGGAGAAAGCCAUCAUUCGCGUUAAAGAAGACCUGAAGAACGCCCGUGCUGACCUGUUCAAGGAAAGUGAGCAGCAGCUGCUCCAACACCUGGAGAAGAAGGCCUUAGAUGAGUUCAAGAACAGCAUGUUCUUCCUACGUUUCGUUCAGUUCAAAUGGCUGGAGAGCCAGCCCUUUGAUGAAGAGUGGUUCAUGGACUUCAGGGUUCUAGGUAAAGGAGGGUUUGGGGAAGUGUUUGCCUGUCAGGCGAAAGCAACGGGUAAAAUGUACGCCAACAAGAAGUUGGAGAAGAAGAGACUUAAAAAACGCAAAGGCUACGAGGGAGCGAUUGUGGAGAAGCGUAUCCUUGCAAAAGUUCACAGCCGUUUUAUAGUGACACUGGCUUAUGCAUUCCAGACCAAGACUGACCUUUGUCUGGUCAUGACCAUUAUGAAUGGGGGAGAUCUCAGAUUUCACAUGUAUAACGUAGACGAGAAGAAUCCAGGUUUUGAUGAGAAGAGAGCACAGUUUUACACAGCUCAGAUUAUCUGUGGGUUGGAGCAUCUUCAUCAGCACAGGAUCAUCUACCGGGACCUGAAGCCAGAGAACGUUCUGCUGGACGACGCAGGUCAUGUCCGGCUGUCAGAUUUGGGUCUUGCUGUCGAGCUUCCACCUGGAAAGGAUAAAACUACAGGCUAUGCUGGGACUCCAGGUUUCAUGGCUCCAGAGUUGCUACAGAAGAUAGAAUAUGACUACACGGUGGACUACUUUACUUUGGGUGUCACCCUGUACGAGAUGAUUGCUGCUAAAGGUCCAUUUAGAGUACGAGGAGAACAGGUGGAAAACGACGAGGUUGCUAGAAGAACCUUGAAUGAUCCUGUUUUCUACCCGCCGAGCUUCAGCAAGGAGUGCAAAGACCUUUGUGAAGGUCUGAUGGAGAAGGACCCGCAAAAACGACUGGGCUUCAAAGACAAUGAAUGCACAGAGCUCAAAAAUCAGCCAUUCUUCAAAGAAAUUAACUGGGGACGCCUGGAAGCAGGCGUGCUACCUCCACCAUUUGUCCCUGAUCCCAAAAUGGUCUACGCCAAAGAUAUCGAUGAAGUGGGUGUGUUCAGCACAAUCAAAGGAGUGGUCCUGGACGACAAGGACGCAGAGUUUUACAAUGACUUUGCUUCUGGAAACAUCCCAAUUCCCUGGCAGGAAGAGAUGAUAGAGACGGGCGUGUUUGGAGAAAUGAACGUCUGGGACGAGGGCGGCAAGCUGCCCAAUGAUCUUGACCCAAACUACAUAGAGGCCAAAGGUGGAGCCUGUGUGCUGCUGUGAGCGAGAGACGGCUCACAUGGAACUGAUAACAGAGUUUUCAGUGAAGAUGUUUUGUCUUCUCUUACCAACCGAAACUCCUUUGAACCAGGUUUGAUUUAGGGUCAUAGGGUCAAUUAAGGGAGAAACGUAGAGAAACUCCCUACAGGAGAGAGGUGGGUGGAAGGCACCGUGUACGUGACUGAUAAGAU